AUGGCAGCCAGUCUUACAUUUUAUAUAUUCAGUAUUCCGUUGUACAGAAUAAAUUAUCACUCUGAUAAGCACCGCGUUAUUCAUUGUACCAGUAACACAGAACAUAACAGUGGCGACGAGGAUAAAGGUUUGAAUAACGGUCAUUGCAUCGUUCACUUCGUGACUUUGAAUCAUAACCUUCUCUCGACGAUGUCGGAUAUGAAGGAAGCCCUUUUAGCUUUUAUGCAACAACAACAAGCUCAAAUUAAGGUACAACAGGAAUUUUUUGUCCAACAACAAAAUGCCUUUGCUGCUCAACUCUCACAAGCAUUCGCUUCAACUAUAACCUCAAAUAAAGAAAUGAAGACGGAAUCGCUCGCAAGUGGCAUCACGAAAUUCGUAUACGACUCUGAAAAUGGACUAACAUUCGACGCUUGGUUCGUUCGUUACGAAGGAUUAUUUAACGUCGAUGCUAGAGACCUUGACGACGCCGCCAAGGUAAGGCUGUUAUUGCGCAAAUUGAACACUUUGUGUCACAAGCAAUACGUUGAUUACAUUCUUCCCAGUCAACCGAAAGAUUUCACUUUAGAAGAUACGGUAAAAAAGCUCAAACAAAUGUUCGGGAAAAAGAUUUCAUUGUUUAAUCAACAUGCCGACAUCCGCACUAAGCUUCUGAAUCUUAUAGAUUCUAAACCAGAUAUUCUUUCUUUAGAAGAUCUUACUGUGGAAUGUCAGCGUCUUCUUAAUUUAAAGGCUGAUACUUCUUUGGUUCAAAAUGCAAAACCACUUAAUCUUCAUUAUUCCAAGGAUUGUAAUUUCAAGAAUCAUCAAUGUAAACAUUGCAAUACCAUAGGUCACAAGGACGGUUAUUGUAAUUUAAGCAAGAAAACAAAGAGCAAUUCGUCUAACAACGAUUCCAUAUCCACACAUUCAAAAGCUAUAACUUCAGCAGUAAAUCAAAUCAACGAAGCAUUUUUACGCAAGUACGUCGACGUCACAAUAAAUUCCAAAACCGUCAAGCUUCAAUUAGACUCGGACAUCACAAUAAUUUCAGAAGAUACUUGGAAACUGCUAGGUCAACCGCAAGGUAAACCUUCUGAACGUAUCGCAAAGGAUGCUUCAGGUAAUCCGUUAAACAUUUUAUAUGAAGUCGACUGCACAGUCUUAUUAAAUAACGAUUCACGACAAUUACGUUGUUACGUCACUCCAAACACAGAAUUGAAUCUCUUGGGACUAGAUUGGUUACAUGCUUCCGAUUUAUGGCAUAACACAAUUAACAGUUUCUGUAAUCAUGUUACUAACCCCCAAAUUACAGAAUCACGACUUCAAACCUUACAACAAAAAUUUCCUAAUGUCUUCAGUCCAAAACUAGGAUGCUGCACUAAAACAAAAAUUUCUCUGCAUCUUAAAAACAACGCCAAACCUGCAUUCCGACCUAAACGGCCGGCUGCCUAUUCAAUUCUUCCAUUGGUCGACGCAGAACUUGAACGUCUUAUGGAAGCAGGAAUUAUCUCUUCAGUGAGUUACUCGGAUUGGGCGGCACCAAUUGUCGUCAUUCGCAAAAAAAACGAUCAAAUCCAUAUAUGCGCUGAUUUUUCUACUGGUCUAAAUGAUGCACUGGAACCAAAUCGCCAUCCAUUGCCUCAUCCAGAUGAGAUUUUUUCGAAAUUAUCAAACUGUAAGUAUUUCAGUCAAAUCGAUUUUUCAGACGCAUUCUUGCAAAUUCAAGUCGAAGAGGAUUCAAAGCACCUAUUGACAAUAAACACUCAUCGAGGCCUCUUCGUAUACAAUCGCUUACCUUUUGGUGUCACUGUGGCCCCUGGCGAAUUUCAAAUCAUUGUAGACGCCAUGAUCGCUGGUCUCGACAAGACAUUUGCAUACAUUGAUGAUUUUGUCGUUGGAGGAUCAACAAUUGAAGAACAUGAUCAUAAUUUAAAUGAAUUAUUCAAACGCAUAGACGAUUAUUCCACGUCCGCAUAG